AUGGUGGUGGAGGAUCGGGCUGGAGCCGUGGCCAUGCAACCUUCUACGGAGGCUCUAACGCUGCAUCCUCCAGCAUGGUGCUAUGAGCUGCCGUGCGACUCCAUGUUGGACCGUCGAUGGUGCCACCGAGGCGCACGUGUUGUAGUGAGUGCUACCAACUUCUACCCUUCCAACGAUAGAGGAGGGUGGUGCAAUUCGCCUCAGCAACAUUUUGAUAUGUUGCUGCCUGCAUUCACCAGAAUUGUGCGCUAUAGUUCGGGAAUUGUGCCGGUGUUGUUCAGAAGAGUGGGCUGUGCUAAAAAGGGUGGCGUGAAGUUUACAAUGAAAGGAAAUUCCUUCUUCAAUUUGAUUUUGAUAAGCAACGUGGGAGGAAAUGGAGUGGUGAAGAGGCGGUGUUUGGCAGGCAAUGCAUAG